AUGAUUCUUUUUCAUCCGGUGCUGGCCCUCUUGGGCUUUGCCACCUUUGUGGCGAGCUACUCCAUCGCCGGCUCUGUCGAACGCAUGUACUUUUACUACGCCUACAAGCUCGACAGGUUGACGCCGGGAAACCAGCUCAUCGCGCCCGGCUGCGACGACUGUACCCUCGACGAAUUCAUCAAGCAUAUUAGCAAGGACAAGAGCAUCAAGCCCGCCAUCAGCACCGAGCCGUUCCCAGACGUUGUCAAGACUGCCGAGAAGAUUGCCAAGGACGGCUACACGGGCAUCAUCGAGCUCGGCCAGGUCGUCAAGGACGUCAAGAACAACUACGCGGCGCUCCUCCAAAAGGUGGGCGAGCGUGUUCUCGGCAAGCUCGAGUCCAGCCCCUCGAACCCGGCCAACCUCGCCGACUUUGAAAAGGCAAAGGCGGGCGUCUUCGAGGCCAUGAAGGGCGUCUACAACGAGCGCACCCGCGCCGCCGUCGAGUCCUUCAAGCCGUUUGCCGGCGACGCGGAGCCCUUCAAGGUCAUUUCCACCGAGUCCGGCCGCGGCAUGAAGUUUGAGUUUGCCGCCACGGUCGAGGCCAACCCCGGCAAGACAAAGGCCGAGAUCAAGGCCGCCUGGAAGAAGCACAUUGAAGGCGGCCACGAGGAAAACAUCGUUUCGCUGGCCAACAGCAUCAAGGUCGCCAAGGACAUCUUGUGCCCGGUGGGUGGCAGCAAGAUGAAGCGACGGGCUCUGCUCUGCGGCGAGGUCCUCGUCACGGACCCCUUGACGACCGGCGCCGACGUCGUUUCGCCUCCCCCCAAGGGCGAGGAGGUUGGAGUGCCCCCCAAAGGCGAAAAGGCACCGUCUGAGCUUGGCGAGUCCGCCAAGCUGGCCGAGGAGAUUUCCGAAAAGGAGUUUGCCGAACUGGCUGCAAAGCGCGGUCUCGAUACCCUCGCCAAGGAAAAGUGGCAAAUGUCGCUGUCCGAGGUCCGCACCAAGCUCAAGUACGAGCCGCUCAAGCCCACGUCCCCCAAGGUCGGCGCCGGCGGCUUCAAGGCGCCCUCGAUCGGCGCCGGCGCCGUUGCCGUCGUCGGCGGCGCCUUUUGGGUCUACGGCGUCGUCGACGCCUUCACGCACAACGUGACGGCCCUGGACCGCGCCGCCGCCAUCACGGCCAUUAUUCCGUUUGUCGGCUGCGCCGUGAGUACCGCCUCGGCGGCGGAAAAGGGCGACGUCGAUGGCCUCGACUCGGCGCUGUGCUUCCUCGGCGACGGCCUCCUGCUGACGCCCGCGUUCCCGCUCGGCAUCGCCAUCCACGUCGUGCGCGCCAUCAUGAGCUUCUUCAAGCCGCCGGCGCUGCCAACGCUUGACGAGUUCCAGGGCCGCCGCGACCGGGCGUGGGCCCGCUUCCUCCGCGACGAUAUUUACACGUACAUUUACUCGCACGAGUCGUACCAGACCGUCACCGGCCACCCUUUCCGCUCCGAGCACAAGACGUUCCGCGAGAAGCUCGAGAGUGCCCUCGCGAUUGAGCAGCUCGCGGUGCUGUCCGAGGGCGCGCAGUCGAUUGGCGCCGCGACGGCGAGCGCGCACGAUGAUGCCGAGGCGGCCGACGCGCCGGAGCGCAAAGCGGAGAUUGCAAAGGGUGUCGAGGACGCGGCGGAGAAACUGCGCGAGGCCACGCAUGCCGAGAUUGUGCGCCGUCAGCGCAAGCUGGUGAUGAACCUGCCCAAGGAGCUCAAGGAAAAGCACGACAUGUCGCUGCAGCCCACGGCCGACCAGUACAACGCCGACUUCAUCAAGAGCAUCACUGAGGAGAAAAUGGUCAACAAGUACAAGACCAUCUAUCCUGGCGACCCCGAGGUGCCCGGCUCUGGAACCGACGACGCCGACGAGAUCCGCGCCAAGCUCAAGGGCUUUGGCGACAAGCUUCGCGAGACUCCGCCAGCGCUGCCUCGCUACUUUGACCUGGCCUAUAUUGUCGGGCAGUCGCGCUCGCUCCUCUCCGUCGACAACGCCACGCUGUCCGUGCCCGACUACAUCCGCGACCUGGUGCCGUCGCUGUCCGAGACGGCGGUGCAGCUGCACGCGAUCCACCACACGCUGCAGAUCGCGCGGCUGCUCAACGGCAAGGUGAGCGAGGCGGAGCUGUCGACGGUGUCGCCGACCGAGGACGCGCAGGGCGCGCGGGACGUGCAGACGCUCGUGGCGCUCAAGUACGGACGCGUCUACGACGAGUACAAGUUCCGGUGGGCCAACAGCAUGUUCCACGGCGCGACGGCCUUUUUCAUCGAGGAGCAGAUGCCGGGCGUCGAGAAGUUCCUCAUCCAGCCGCAGGUGCCGCCGGUCCCGACGGGCACCGAGGACUUUGAGGACACGCACCUGUACGUCUCGCUCGCCGCGGGGCUGAGCGAGGCCAUUGUCGACACGCUCAAGGGCAACGCGGACGCGCUCGGUAAGCGGCACGUGGUCGGUGUCGGCCAGGCCAUCAUGGAUCGCGCCAGCAGGCUGCAGGAAAAGGUCGGCGAGUCGGAUGCGCUGUGGGUGCUGGCCGUCGAAGGGCUCAGGAAGAAGGACGCGGCCCUGGCGCAGCCUGCGUCGCCGGAGAAGAUGAAGAGGACGCUGCCGCGCUCGAGCUCCGUCUACCGGGCGCAGCUCGCCGCAUCGGCGGAUGCCGUCUCCGUCGCGAAUGUCUUGGGAGGAACGACCUUUGAUACAAUGUGUCCCUUGGCCAGAACUGCCGGGGACGUCGCAGACAUGGCGAGUCUUUUGAUGGUGGAAAUUUUUACUGCGGCGCUGAAAGUCUCCUGGCAAGGGCUCAAGGUCGGGAUAGUGCACGCUUUCGAGAGGUUAGUCGUGGAUGCCAUCCUCUGCCAGUCCGACGGCCGCGUGGCUAUUCUCGCAGCGGCAGCGGGAUAUGCCGUGUCCGCACUCCCUUUCGUGCUUCGUUUCGGCUACGUCAAGUUCAACGGUCGCUGCUUCUAG